AUAAAAUGGCCACUUAACCAUUGUUAGAGACAUUACCUAAAGACUUUCACAAAAUGCCUCCAAAUUAUGACUUUUCUCAUAAAGGUAUUAAACUAUUAUAUCAAAGGAAUCAAUUGGAAAGACUACGAGAAAGAUUUUGUAUUAAGAACUGAUGCUGUAUGGGAAAAAGAUCAAUUAAAGGAUUGGUUCAGAUUAUAUACUAAAGUAUACCAUUUAAUAAAUUUAGUGUUUCUACUUUGACACAACAGCUAACAAAUACUCUUUGAUGGAGCCAGACGAUGUUUAUACCAUUCUGUUUGAAGGAUGUAAUGAAUAAUUUAUUAUUCCAAUCUAGGGGCUUUGGAAGAUUGCUUAUUUCCAUUCAGAGGUACAACCCCAACAGGGAGAACUAAUUGUUUUUAAGUUGGAUUACCACCUAAAUAAAAAGUUUAUGUUCCUUAUCCAACAUAUCAAUCAUAAUAAGAUUACUUUACAUUAUGUGCUUUAAGAUUCUAGAAAUGGUUUGAUUGUGAUUAAGCUGAACAUUUCAAAAUGGAUAAGACUGAAGCAGAUUAUUUGAAAAGAGCCAAAGUUUAUCCUUGUUAUGCAAUGUUUUAUGAAGCUGCUUAUGCUUGUACAGUAAUUUCUUAAUCAAAAAUCUUAGGAUGAUAUGUUUGAUUUCUUAAUGGAAUUAGCAUAUACAAGAAGAUCAAAUAGAACAUUUGAAUAUAACCAUUUUCAACAUGAGAUGCGUCGUCCUCCAACUAUUUAUGAUUCUCCUAAAAAUGCAGAGAGAAUUAAAAAAACAUAUUGAAAUAUCA